AUGUCCAACCCCUCCUCGCCCACUUCCAACCAGACCGAGAUGGUCUUGGACCCAGCGGCGCAGAAUGCGCCUCAGCAGCAAGGCGCUGCGAUGCAGCCGGACUCAGCUGGGUCCCAACAACAGCUCCCCGCGCCAUACCAGGUGCCCAACCAGUACGCAGGGGCGGGGCCGUCGCAUGCGCCACUACACCCGAUGGCGCAAGGCGGGUUCCCGCACGCGUACGCCUCCCCGUACGGGGCACCGCUCCCCUACCAGCACCAGUCGCCGCCAACAGUAUCCUCGGCCGCACUGCACCCAACGGUGCAAUAUGCUCACGCGCCCGCAUCGUCGAGCAUGCCAGGGCCCGACCGGUCGAACGCAGCGCCGUUCCUGCCCCCUGGAAUGCCCCCGCUUAUGCCCAUUCCAGGUAUGUCGUGGGCAGCGGUCCCCAAUCACCACCUCCUUGUGGCGCACUCGGCCGGAUGCAGCUGUUGCACGGAGUUCGUGCGACACUACCAGGCGGCGAUGAACGACUCCUCGUUCAGGAACGCGUUGACUGCGGUCCAAACCCAACUGCAGUCGCAGUUUUGGGGAUAUUUCGAGGAGCAUGCACGCUCCAGGGAGGGAGAGAACCGCGCCGAGCAUACGCGGCAAGUAGAGGACUUGGAGCGGCAGCUCCGAGCAGCAUUGGCAGAAGCCACCUCGCUCCGCGAACGCGCUCGAGUCAACACCGAGCUGGAGCAGGAGCUCAAUGCCGCACGGGCGGAAACGACGACUCUUCGUCAGGACCGCGACCGAUAUCGGUCGGAACGCAACCAGGCCCGGGAGAUGCUCAAUGACGAGAAUCGUCUCCGGGCUCGUGCGAGCCAGACUCGGCCCAACCAAGCUAGGCGGGUCCCCGCAGUGCCGCCUGGUCACCCCGACUUCCCUGAGUCGCCGGAACGGGGGUAUCCAGUGAGAUCGUCGCGGUCGGCGCGGGACAAUAGUCCACGCCGACCGUCCUUGAUGGUGCCUCGUUCGACCGAGUCGGGUCCGUCGAGGGAUCGGGAUGAGCCCAUGUCUAUGACGGGGUCGUCUCCAAUGUCCCGGACGGCGGGUCCUUCAAGGGCCCCGCACCGGGCGACCGAUUCGACGCCGCCGGCGUCUGCACCGGAAGCGUUGGGGUCGUCGAGUCGGCAUGCGGCCACUGGAUCGGGUCCCACUGUGGACUUCCAAGACUUCGAGGAAUUGUCCUCUGGGGACGACGAAGAGGAUCUCUUCGACGAAAAAUACAUUAAGAAGAAGGCAGCACGUAAGGUGCGACAGAACGCGGUGUAUGGGACCCCGUUGGCCCCGCCACCAAGGCCACCCAACUAUUCGAGUGAUGGACGCUUUCCGCGUCCUAGGAUCACCGGAUGGCCGUACCAUAUGCUCGCAGUCCCUGAGGACUCUAAUCCUCGCGAGGCGGACCAUUGGUACGACUUUGUACCCGUCACCCCGGAGGAUGCUCAGCGGCUGCUGAGGGCCACAGCGACCGAUAUGGGUCAGGCGCGCGCUCGAAUCAAGCACUUGCUUCAGCAAGUUCAGAGGAAUUCGGUGUUGCAGGGUGUCCAGGGUAUCCGUGCCCUCGCAGACGCGUGGCGGAACCCGGACAAGGCUCCCUACCUGCCGACCAUCAUGCACCCGGCAGCGUACACCCCUCCAGGUAUGGAGUUCGCGGACACCUUGCAUCUGCCGCCUCCCACUGGACGCCGUCCAGGCAUACCUCCGAACGUCAUGAAGACGACCCGCCCGGAGCAAGACCUGAACGGACCUCGUCGACAGCAGCCGCGCACCACCGACCCCCCGGAAGCUCACCGCGAAUGGUGGAGGUCCUAUCAGGACCGCAUCCCUGUGUGGAUGGAGCGCGCGCAGGAUGGCGGACCGACACUGGUCUCAGCGCAGUUCUUCGUGUACACGCGGAACCCGAUCGCACGGAACCGUGGAGUACCGGAGCGGGCACGCUGGGUCACGCUGGCGACCGCACUGUUCUCGGUGCCGGGACUGUAUCGGCACAUCCUGCAGCACUGGCAGUUGCAACCCCAGGGCCUGUACUCUCAUGCAUACUACACGGGGUCGCUCGACGACGACGACCUGACCGUCUUCCACGUCGCACACUGGUACGCGUCCCAGGGGCUCACAGUCGCCUUAGCCGACCUGUUCCAACGUCCGGCGCACCGCGCUCGUGCUCAGCAGGCGGGUUUGGACGCCAACACCAAUGUCCUGGCGUUCCCCGGGAUCGUCUCGGCCACGAGCGCGGGCCCCGUACCGCCCAUAGCCUCGCUCGGCAUGCGCGGCUUGGCGGUUAACCCCGCACUCGCCUUCUUACCCGCCGCACCGAUCAUCGCGCCAACCGUCGCGCCCGCACCCGCGCCCGCACCCGCACCCGCACCCGCGCCCGCUCCCGCACCCGCACCUGCAACCGCACCGACCCCGGUGCCAAACCCCGCCGCGCCUACUCAGAUGGACGUCGAUCAGUCGGCUCAGACGGUCGACAACAUCGCCCACAACGCGGCGCGACAAGAGCCUGAGGGGGAUGCUGCAGCCCCGGAGGGUGGUAACCACACGGAGCAGAUGGACGAAGAGUCCUGA